GAGGAGUUAAAGGAGCUUGCAUCGGUCCCUGUGUCGUCUCCAGAAGGCUUAGCGUUCCAGAGGAAACAGAUGGGAUAAGAAAACCAGGGGAUCUAAUUACUGAAGCUUAAUCAGCAAUCCAAGGCCCGUCCAGAACCCAGUCGCAAGCCUCAAGCCGCUACUCCUCACAGUUUCUCUUUCAGAGGUAUUCGUCUGAGACUUGAGACAGCUACAUCUGUUUAACAUGGAGAACGAGGAAGAUGAAGAUGAAAUCUUUACCACAUUUCAGGGAGGAUAUGAAGGGCAGGAAGAUGUGGAGGAGCAGGAGGAAGACGAGCAAGAGGAAGAGGAUCCAGAGGCUGAGAGGAAGAGCAGUUGGGAUGUCCCAAUUCCAAGUCAAUCACUGGCUAGUCGCAGAGCUUCACUUCCAUGUCCGGCUCAGCUGAAUGCGAUGCAUCUGAGCCGUCUGCAUGCUGCGACCACAAGCCCUAGCCCGGCGUACCUGAGCCACUGGCUUCAGAGCGGUGAGGCGAGGCCGUGCUCUCGCUCCAGCCAUGUUGCCAAUAGUGAGGAGGGAACACACACCAAGAGCAGCUUGUGUGAAAGACACCCGCAUGCCAUCCAAACCAUCCCUGAGGUGCUUGAGCCUCUGGAGAGAAAAGCUCGGUUUAGGAGCCACAAUGUCAUGUCUCUGAGUGAUGCGGACAGUUUGUGUCUGAUCUGCCAUGACAACCUACGCAAAGGAGGAGGAGUUAUCAGAGAGCUUCACUGUUCCCACAGCUUCCACACUGAGUGCAUAGAGGAAUGGCAAUGGACUAAGCAGACCUGUCCCACGUGUCAAAAGCAUGUUGCCAUGCCAGAGCCCCUGUACUGGACAUCAACCAGAGUAAUAGUGCCCUGAGCUCUUCUAGCACCCAUUCAAACUAGCUUGGACAUCAGAUGGGUAACCAAAACAUCAGACACGAUGGUGCAUAACUAACAACGCAGCUAUUUCCUACAAAAAAAAAAAAGGUGGUCAUAUGACUAAUCACAAAGAGGAGAUUUUGCUAUUCAGGAGAAACAGAUUGGUAGAGCAUUUCUUUGUAUAUAGGCUAAAUGACUUUAACAUCACUAAAUGUAAAAUUGUUUUUUAAAAUCAUAUUUACAUAUUAAGAAAAUGUUAUUUUCUAAUGUGUAUAUCUUUUUCUGCAGAAAUGUAAGCAAACUGAACAAGUUGUAUGAAGUAUGAAUUUUAAAAUGUACCUCACUAUAUUUGUAAGUAAUUCAAAGUAGGCCUACUGGCAAUGUUCUGUUUUCAAAACAUGUAACUAAUGUAAUACUAUCAACAAAAGUGCAGGCCUGUAUUUACCAGGUGUGUACUUGAGUAAAUGUGCUUCUUUACUAUUCUUAAAGGGUUAGUUCACCCAAAAAUUCACUCAGAUUCCAUCAAAAAUAUCUUAAUUUGUGUUCUGAAGAUGAACGAAGCUCUUAUGGGGUUGAAAUGACAUGAGGGUGAGUAAUUAAUGACAAUUUUCAUUUUUGGGUGAACUAACCCUUUAAGUACUACUUGGGGAAUUUGAACGUUAUUUUAGUUCAUACAGUAUUUCACUGGUCAUCCUGACAGAAUUAUGAUGAAUCUGACUGAAACAAGUCAAAAUCACAUUCCUGUGAUGUUUACUAAACUUUUAUUGAAAACAGCCAAUAAAACCUGUUUUAAUGUCGUCAU